AUCAGCCAUGCCGCCGAAGCAGGGAGGCAGCACUGGCAUGGGCAAGCACGCCCAGGUGCGGAACAAGAGCGCCAACCCGAACCAGAUCACUGCGGAGCAGCUUCUCCGGGAGGCGGUGGACCGCCAGGCGGCGGAGGCGGUGGCGCCCAGGCAGCGCAUCGCGGACGAGGAUGAGCUGAUGAUGUACAAAGUACGGAAGAGGAAGGAGUAUGAGGACAUCAUCCGGCGGCAGCGCCAGAACAUCGGCUCCUGGGUGAAGUACGCGCAAUGGGAGGCCUCGCAGCAGGAGUACCGCCGGUCCCGCUCCAUCUUCGAGCGCGCGCUGCACGUGGAGUACCAGAAUGUCAGCCUCUGGUUGAAGUACUUGGAGAUGGAGAUGAAGAACAAAUUCGUGAACCAUGCCCGGAACCUCUUUGACCGGGUGGUGCAACUGCUCCCCAGGGUGGACCAGUUCUGGUACAAGUACGCCUACAUGGAGGAGCUGCUGGCCAACUAUGCUGGGGCGCGCACCAUCUAUGAGAGGUGGAUGGAGUGGGAGCCCGAAGACAACCCUUGGCUGCAGUACGUGAAGUUCGAAGAGAGGUGUGGGGAGCUGGACAAGGCCAGGAAGGUCCUGGAGCGCUAUGUCAGCUGCCGCCCCACUCAGCAGGCCUUUCUCCGCUUGUGCAAGUUCGAGGAGAAGCACAACAAUGCAGCCGCUGGCCGCAAUGGAGUUAUGAAACAGGCUGAGCUGCGAUUGGAAGCUCAGGACGUCUUUCCUUCCCGGCGUCCGCCCGUUUUUCGGGACCGCGCGAGCGCGGCGGAAUCGGACCACGCGAUCCGCGAGAGCCAGGGCUUUGAGAAGGCGGUGGAACUCCUGGGCAAUGAGUUGGACGAGAAGUUCUACAUCAAGUUUGCCCUCUUUGAACAGCGUCAGAGGGAGAUGGAGCGCGCCCAGGCGAUCUUCAAGUUGGCGCUGGACAUUCUGCCGAAAGGCGCGAGCGACGAGCUCUACCGCGCCUAUGUGUCCUUCGAGAAGCAGCACGGGGACCGGGAUGCCAUCGAGGAGGCCGGACCAAAUUCUGGAAGGUGCUUGGGGGAUGUUUUUUUGGUUGUUCGGAGUUGUUUUAGUGGUUUUUAUCUCUUGUUUCCUUUUUUCGGGGGGGAGGGAACAUUUUUUUUUUGA